AUGGACGAACUGCUUUCGCAGCUUCAGCACAAGAUCAACCGGACUCACCCAAUCUGUGUUCCGUCCGUGGGUGAUAAGGAGACCGGCAGUCGUCUCUGUCAUUGGUCCCCGUUGGCGGAUGCACUGGGCAGCAAUGAUCCCAAAUCUGGUGGCGAGUGGUGGGCAGUUCUUGACAGACUAGCGGCUGAGGAUCCUGGUUGCGGUGCUGCGAUUGGCUGUCUAGUGGGCCUCGCGCUGGGUGAUGCCUGUGGCGCGCCGUUAGAGUUCUGCGCCGUGGACUCGCGGCUUCCCGAUUUGCCUGACGGGGACUUCUCGGACCCGAGAAGGCCAUGCCUUCUGGCCCAGCUGGAUGAAGGCGGCCAGUUGAGCUACAAGCACGCGAGGAACAAAUUCGACUUGAAGCUAGGCCAAUGGACAGACGAUGCCAGCAUGGCAUUGUGCCUAGCCGAUUCCCUACUAGUGCGUGGGAGAUACGAUGGGGGCGACGUGCGAGUGAGAUGGCAUAUGUGGUGGUUUCACGGAUAUUGCAAUGCCUUCCGCUACGAUCCCGAACGUCGGAAGGGCCGUGGUUCGGUUGGGUUGGGAGGCAACGUCGCCAAGUCGCUGCAGGAGAUUGAGCGUGCCGUGCACCUUGCUCAGUCUGCUGGCCGCUUGCCGAAGAAUGCCAGCCAUGCAAGCGUUGUGCCACCAGUGUACCAGUCGGCUUCGAAUGACUCCGGCAAUGGCAGCUCGGUUGCUAUACAAAACCUCAUCUUCAUGAGCUCGACAACGAGUGCUUUCGCCGCCUUCCUGGAGCAGCAGCUGCGGUUGCUGCACCAGCAGAUCGUGGAGAAGCAUGAGGAGAUUGUCAACGGUAUCCUGGAGGAUGUUCCCCUGCGCUCUGGACUCCUAGGGCGGCUGCAGGGAACUCGUGCGGACUCCAAGAAAAGCACGGCGAAGAUGGCAGUCGGCGGCAGCUGGUAUGGUGGCAUCCCCGGCUCCGUCGCUGACGAGGAUGUGAGCAGCUACUCGUCCGUGAGCGAAGUCUAUGACAUGAACAGGCAGUCGCUGAUGAGCCGCACGUCGAACAAUGACAUCCUGCAGCAGCUUCAACUUCAGCAGCUCCAGCAGCUGCACAGCUUGCAGAUGGCACGGGAGGCCUCACUGCCUUCCACGCAAAAUCCGGCCGAGGCUGCACCAGAUCGGCUGCACAGGGUCGGGAGGAGGACGCAUUGCGGCAGCCUGAAGAUGUCGCCGAACACGGCGGUUGAACAAGGCUCGGUCCUCGGCGAUCUUGGCAUCAUUCCCAGGUCCCGCCGCCGCAAGUCGGACUUUGCCGUCCCUCAUAGCGCCACAGGCGAGUCGCCGGGGCGAUCAGAAGUGAGCCUUCCGGUUGUGCAGGGCUGGCUUCCCCUUCCACCUGCGAAGCCGGAAGUCCAAGUCCACAACAAGGAAUGGAACCUGGAUCGUGUGUCCGAGAAUUCCGUCUCGCAAAUGUCCUCCAACGGUUCGCCACGAAGGUCCUCCAAGAUCUUGCGUGGAGAGGUGGUGGGUGCGAAGCAGUCAGACGCGGCAAAUGCGAGUGAUGGGCAGGAGUCACGUGUCGAAGAAGGCGAGGCGAGAACCAAUCAGACUUCUAUGGUAAGCUCUGCGCACACGGAGGAGCCAAUGCAGGUGAGAUUUCCGGCCGCCCGCCCCCGCCGUGUGUCGGAUGCUGCUGGAUCCGUGGCCUCCUUCUUCGGGGGGCCCUUCUUCCGGCAAGACAGCCGUCUGAGCCUCGAGGGUCCCGGCUGCCAGCCCUUGACCGACGACUUUGACUACGAGUUCGAGCUGCUUCCGUGCUGGAACCGAAGUGCGAAGCAUUCGGCCAAGGUGACGAAGUUCCACCGCCUGGUGACCAGAUCAUCGCUGAGCAAGGUUUUCAGCGACUUCCAUGACCAGUUUGAGGAUGAGAAGGCGCGGUUUGUCAUCAAGCCCUUCUCGGCCAAGAAGAUCACGUGGGACAUGUUGAUUUGCUGCAUCGUCCUGCAUGAUGGCAUUGUGCUGCCGCUCCAGCUCUUGGGCAUCCAGGUUUCCACGUCAGAAACACUGGCAUGGCCCCUGACACUGGCUUGGACAGUGGAUUUGGCAGUGUCCAGCACCAUCACGUUCGAGCGCAGUGACGGCACUUGGGAGACACGAGUGAGUUACACCUUCCGGCGUUAUUUGGGAGGCUCCUUCUUGCCUGAUGCCGCGUUGGCAGUCAUGUCCUGGGUGGAGCACUUCGCAUUCGCACAGAGCUUCAAGUUCCUGCGCAUCUGCCGGCUUGUGCGACUCUACCGCGUCGAGGCAAUCAUACAGCUCAUCUCGAACAACAUUCGUUCGGAACGAGCAGUGUUGUGCAUCGGGAUUUCAGGAAAGAUUCUCUGGUUGGCCGUGUUCCUUCAUUUCAUUGCCUGCCUCUGGCUGAGCCUGGGGCGACAGGAGGGCGGUUGGGUCUCCUAUCACAAGCCCGGCGUCUCCGACGUGCAGCAGUACAGCAUUGCCUUCCACUGGACCUUGGCGCAGUUCCAUGGAUCCAUGGAGCUCUACCCAGUUACGGUCGAGGAGCGUAUCUUUGCAUUCUGCUACCUGCUCAUGGCCUACAUCCUUGCGGUGGUCUUCAUUUCGAGCAUGACGUCAGCCAUGACCAGGCUGUACCUCAUCACCGGCAUACAGGCAGGGCAUCAGCGCGUGCUGCGCUGGUUUCUCAUCGACAACGGCAUCUCAAGGCAGCUGACGGCGCGGAUCCACUCGAACUUGAAGGCAGCCUUGACUGCCCAGUCCCACGCCGUCCCGGAGACUGAGGUGGAGUUCCUCCAGCUGGUUUCCGAGAACCUCCGGAUGGAGCUCCACUGCGAGAUGUACGGGCCAGCCUUGCGCCACCAUCCGCUGCUGGCGCCGAUGACGGCGCAGAUGGUGAAGCAGCUCUGCCACACGGCGAUCUCCCUGGCUCUCAUCUCCCACGGUGAUCUAGUUUUCAUCCAAGGGGAGGUGCCGGUGGAGCCCCGGAUGGUCUUCAUCACCGACGGGGACCUCGUGUACUUCCGCAGCGGCAAGUUUGAGUCCAUGCACCUCAACCACGGCCAUCACGCUGCGGAGCCGGUGCUGUGGACAGAUUGGCUCCAUCACGGCACGUUGCGGGUGGCGUCCAUGCGCGUCAGGCUUCUUCUUCUCAGCGCAAAGACCUUCCAGGAGCUCGCCCUGAAGAAUACCUGCCCCGAAAUUGAUCUCUUCGCUUACGCUGCUGAAUUCGUGCGGCAAUUCAAUGAUCUGGAGCCUGUCGACCGCCAUGACUUGUGGUGCAACAUGGAUUUGACAGGCGUGCCGACCCCAUCCCGGACUGUAAUUGAUGGAACCAGGGACAGUUUGGCAGGCAUCGAUUUUCAGGACCCCGAUCUCGAAGGAGAGCCCAGCUCCAUCAUGAGGCUGGGCCCAGUCCCGGUGGCCUACCAUCUGGUGCCGUCGCAAGCCUUGGAGGUGGCUGGGUGGCAGUCCUUAGCCACCCACCCUGGCUCCGAGGCCGCACUUUGCUGCCGGUUCAUCGCCUCCUUCUGUGUGGCAGCCAUUGGCCGCCAUAGGGAUGCUGGGAAAACCUCCGAUGCAGAGCUGACCGUUCUAGACCCUAUCGGUGAUCCGCAGGCCUUCUUGGACAAUCACAUCAACAGCUUCCUUCAGCAAGGCGAUGGAAUGGCGCUGCCGAAGAAGCUCGACCAGGACGGAUCCUGCGCCCGUCGGCUGCACAUGCUGCUGCAGAGCCAGGCGCCCUCGAGGAAAGAGGCGCACUGGAAUUGGAAAGUCGCCCGAUUGCCGAUCGCUGACGCGAUCUCAGCCAGGCAAGGCACUGCUGGAGUGGACCUGUACAAUGGGCAUCCUACUAUCGCCACCUAUUUCGGUGCGUACUGUAUGGAUGGGCUGGCGAUGGCUCUUUGGGCUCUCUGGAAUUCCAGCAGCUACUCCGGCGCCGUGCGUUUAGGUGUGAACUUGCUGGGUGAUGCAGACACUGUCGGUGCCAUCGUCGGGCAGAUGGCAGGCGCUCUCUACGGCUGGCAGCGGAUCAAGUCCGAGGAGUUCUCCUCACGCUGCGUCCGGAACUUAAAGUACUGGGACAAAUGCGCCGAGAUCGGGCUCCGAGCAGCGCUGCUCUACCACUUCGGGCCACGUCCCCGCGCUUCUUUGAAAGCCCUCGAAGGUGAGUCGAAGGUAAAGAUGUACCAGCGGCCCAGUGUGGAAUCUGCACUUGCGGGUGAACUGCCGCCUGGUGAGUGGGUGACCUGCGUGGACGCGGCCAGGGACUUCUACUGUGCCUCGCACGAGAGCAGUGGCCUACAGGGCUGGGUGCCACAAAAGAGCAUCCAAGACUGGGCGCCCGCGGCGGGUACCGAAGAGCUGCCACUGUUCGUCGUUAGUGGGCCGGAGGUACCGAAGUCGCCAGCGCUUCCCCGCCGCGACGCAUCGCCGACGCCUCUGAUCCCGAAGGAGCCCACCCCCAGGCCCACUUUGCGUGACAUCAAGCUUCCCUUCUUGGUGUCCGCCCGCCGGCCGUGA